AGUUACAACCUUAUCCUAAACGUUGGACGUAAGUCCCAACUUGUUCCCCAAGAAAUCUAAGGGCAGAUCUGUCAUCCCACCUACUCAUCAGUUAAAUCGUACUAUUAUAUAUAUGCAACCACCCACCGCAAAUCCUACUUCGUCACCAAUUAGCUUAGCAGAUUUAUCUAUCUUGGCAUUGAAUUUCUUAGAUCCAUGAAGAGAGGGAGAGAGGACGGAAAUGAGCUAGAGACGGCAGAUAUGGCGGCCAAUUUCUUGAUUCUACUCUCCAGAGUCGGCGAAAUUGACGCCACCAGAAAUACACGCAAUAGUACUUCUAGUACUGCUCGUGCUUUUGUCUGCAAGACGUGCAACCGGCAGUUCCCGUCGUUCCAGGCACUGGGAGGGCACAGGGCGAGCCACAAGAAGCCGAGGCUGAUGGCCGGAGACCUAUUUCACCGCAUCCCGACAUCGCCGGUGAGGCCGAAGAGUCACGAGUGCUCCGUAUGUGGGCUCGAGUUCGCGAUCGGACAGGCGCUGGGCGGGCACAUGAGGAGGCACAGGGCAGCCAUAAGUCAUGAAGGCAUGGUGAUCAAACACGCCGUGCAGGCCAAGCCGGUCAUGAAGAAAUCAAGUAGUAAAAGGGUUUUGUGCUUGGAUUUGAACUUGACGCCGGUGGAAAAUGAUCUCAAGUUGUCCAGUUGGUGAUGAUGGGUAUAGAUCAGAUUGUUUUUGUUGAAACUUUUCGAUACAUAUAUACGGUUAAUUUAGUUGA